AUGAAGAAGGGUUGGUGCGUGGUGGAUGGUGGAGCGACGCGGACUUUGGGGUCCUUGGUGGCAGUGCAGAACGUCAUUGACCGGAACACGGCCGAGACGGGUGACACCAAGAUUCUCAAGGUGGACACGGAGAGGAAGCCGAUCUUCUCCUUCGGGAAUAGCAGUGAGAACCAGUGCAUGAGCACCAUUGAGCUAGGAGUUCAGGCGGGCGUCAAGGAGGGCAAGCUCACCGUCCACACGCUCGAUGCCGGCAGUGGCCCCAUAUUGCUGAGCGUGACCCCGAGCGCCCUCAACAUGAGCCUCGAUCGCCAGAACAAGGCCUCGCUACAGGAACUCCUACGAGCACGGGGAGAAGAUCCACCGCGAGGCUGGACAAAGAUCGAGUUGCGCCAGAGGCUGCUGGAGCUCGAUCCAGCCUUGGGGGAAGCCAAGGCCAAGGAAGUGCACAGGACAGAGCUGCAGGAGUGGGUGUGCCGGAUCAACAAGGCACGGAGCAAGAAGGCACAGCUGGUCGAGCUUUGCACCAAGGAGCUCGAGCUGAACAUCACGGGGAACGAGACGAUUCCCACCCUGGAGCGUUGGGCGCUUCAAAAAGCAUACCUCAUCUCCACCCCGAUGGCCGAGGAUGUGGUGGGGUUCGGACGCCACUCAGCCCUGGAGUACCAGAACAUCAACUUGUACCAUCAGGACUACCGCGAGUGGGUCCUGAGGACAGACGCCGAGGAGACGGGCUGCGACUACAGGCUUCGCAGAUUGGCGCAAUGGUUGAGGGCCAAUCCAGUGGACAAGACAGAGAAGGAGAUCCGGGUGAAACCCAAGGCAGCCCACCAGCCCAAGGAGAAGUACCA